AUGAAUGGAAAUGAACAUGUGGAUCUGAGAACAGAGUCAGAGUACGCAGGUCGUGUGCAGUACAGCUGUAAUGAGAAGAGCUGCACUCUGAGAAUCACAGACCUGAGAGAGGGCGACUCAGCUGAGUACAAGUUCAGGUUCAUAACAAACCAACCAGGUGGGAGUUUAACUGGUUCACCUGGAGUCACUUUGUCUGUCACAGAUCUGCAGGUGCAGGUGAGCAGAUCUCCGUCUUCUAAUUGGGCAGAGCUGAAGUGUCACAGCAGAUGUCGUCUACCUGAUCGUGCUUCCUACGUCUGGUACAAAAAUGGACAGAUGAUUCAGACAUCAACAUCUUCUUAUUCAGUCUCCAUUGGUUCUGCAGACAGCUAUUCCUGUGCUGUGAAAGGACUGGAGGACUUCCCCUCUCCUUCAGUGUGUGUCCGUGGUCAAACCUGCAACAGAGUGACGUACACUGACAGAAGCAUCUGUGCCUCCAAAGGCUCAUCAGUGGACAUUUCUUGCACAUACAACAGUUAUAACAGUUAUUAUUAUUAUUCUGAUAAAUCAACAUUGUGGUUCAGUCCUGAACGUAGUCAUCAGUGGCAGAAUCCUUCACAGCCUGAGGACCUUAGUGAAGACUCCCAGUAUGCAGGUCGUGUUCAGGUCCUUGAGACAGAGAGAGGACGCUCCACUCUGAGAAUCACUGACCUGAGAGAGAGCGACUCAGCUGAGUAUCGCUUCAAAUUCAAAACAGGGAGCUUUGAAUGGAGGAGUCGUUUACCUGGUACGACUCUGACUGUCACAGCUCUGCAGGUGCAGGUGAGCAGAAUAACAGUCCAUCAGUCUUAUACCAAGGCAGAGCUGAAGUGUCACAGCAGCUGCAGUCCAGCUGGUCGUCUUUCCUACGUCUGGUUCAAGAACGGAGAGAAAAUCACAAGGGAGGAGACAUCUUCUUAUAAAGGCUCGUUUUAUCCCGGAGACAACAUCUCCUGUGCUGUAAAAGGACAUGAGGACUUCCCCUCUCCGUCAGUGUAUGCUCCAAAGACCUCCUCUGUGUCAGCGAGUCCCUCUGGUGAGAUAGUGGAGAACAGUUCAGUGACUCUGACCUGCAGCAGUGAUGCUAACCCAGCAGCUAAAUACACCUGGUACAAGAAGAAUGGAAACCUCAAACCUUUCAUUAAUGAAGCAGAGCUUGUCUUCAGGUCCAUCCAGUCCUCUGACUCUGGAGAGUAUUACUGCACAGCUGAGAACGAGCUGGGGAGGAGGACAUCUGAACACAUCUUUAUUAAUGUGAGAUAUGCUCCAAAGACCUCCUCUGUGUCAGCGAGUCCCUCUGGUGAGAUAGUGGAGAACAGUUCAGUGACUCUGACCUGCAGCAGUGAUGCUAACCCAGCAGCUAAAUACACCUGGUACAAGAAGAAUGGAAACCUCAGACCUCUCAUUAAUGAAGCAGAGCUUGUCUUCAGGUCCAUCCAGUCCUCUGACUCUGGAGAGUAUUACUGCACAGCUGAGAACGAGCUGGGGAGGAGGACAUCUGAACACAUCUCUAUUAAUGUGAGAUAUGCUCCAAAGACCUCCUCUGUGUCAGCGAGUCCCUCUGGUGAAAUCAUGGAGGGCAGUUCAGUGACUCUGACCUGCAGCAGUGAUGCUAACCCAGCAGCUACUUACACCUGGUACAAGGAGAACCAAACACCACCUCAGGGACUACAAGGCAUUUACCGUUUCACCUCCAUCAGCUCAGAGGACAGAGGGAGCUACUACUGCAAGUCUGAGAAUCACUAUGGACAGAUCAACUCUUCAUCUCUAUUUAUAGAUGUGCAGUAUGCUCCAAAGACCUCCUCUGUGUCAGUGAGUCCCUCUGGUGAGAUAGUGGAGAACAGUUCAGUGACUCUGACCUGCAGCAGUGAUGCUAACCCAGCAGCUACUUACACCUGGUACAAGGAGAACCAAACACCACCUCAGGGACUACAAGGCAUUUACCGUUUCACCUCCAUCAGCUCAGAGGACAGCGGGAGCUACUACUGCAAGUCUGAGAAUGAGUAUGGCCAGAUCAACUCCACAUCUGUACACAUAGAUGUCCAGUAUGCUCCAAAGCUUCCCUCUGUGUCAGCGAGUCCCUCUGGUCAGAUAGUGGAGGGCAGUUCAGUGAAUCUGACCUGUAGCAGUGAUGCUAACCCAGCAGCUAAUUAUACCUGGUACAAGGAGAACGAAGACUCACCAAAAGCCUCAGGACAGAUCUUCACCAUCACUGACGUCAGACCUGAACACAGUGGGAAUUAUUACUGUGAAGCCCAGAACAGCAGAGGAAGUACUAACUCCAGCUUACAUCUGACUGUUGUGGCAGGUUCAUGGAAAUUUCCAGUUGCUCUAUCAGUCACUGGUAUUUGCCUGGUCUUCAUACUUCUCUCUGUCUUGCUAUGGAUUAGAAGAGAGAGGUCCUCGCAACAACAACCGGAGGCUGGCGAGAGACCAGACAACGGAGCACAGACAGAUGAAGUUCAGUAUGGGAGCGUACAAUUCUCUAGGAACCAGGCAGACGCUCUCUACUCCAACUUCAGCCCGGCUCAGCCUCACAGAAACGAGGAAGAGGGUGUUGUAUACGCAACUACCAACUUCAACAGUGACCCAGGAACAAGACGUCAAGCAGCUAUGGAGGAUUUAUCUGCAGUGUAUAGCAGAGUUAACAAAAGCCACAGAGUGUGACGACAACAUGGAUCUGUGGUCUGUAUGUGUGCAUGGACAUGUUCCUUUUCUCAGCAGGUGGUCCCAUUGAGAUUUUAAUACAUUCAUCAGGACAGACUUGACCAAGAAUGCAGCAUCAAGGCAACAAUAUUUCAUUUCUCAUUUAUAUUAAUGAAGGUAGAUUAAAUAUUAGACACUUCUCUAAAACGGUUUUAAACAAAAACUGAACAUUCAAACCUUCAUGAAGGUAGAAUUUAUUACAGGACUGUUGUAUUAGACUGCAUUAGUUUUAGCCAGGUGUACCUAAUAAUGAACUUCCAUCUGACUGUAUUAUCAGCACAUUGCUUUUUACUGUUUUAUUGAUCACAACUGGUUAUAAUGUGAGUCUGUCAUAUCUAUUGUCAAUAUUCAUAUGCUCAUUUUCUGAAUUUGUAUUUUUAUUGCAUUGUCAUCACAGCUCAUUAACUGUCUAUAUUGCUGUUUGUAUUUAUCUGCUUUGAAAGCUGUGUGUUUACAUUUCUCAUGUUUGCUUUGUAUUACUUCGUCUUGCAUGGAAAAUAGUAAGUAAGACACAAGGGGAAACCUUUUCUUUCUCUCACUCCUUAUUUGGCCUGAUGAGUGAGUGUUUGGUAACACUCAUUUUAAAAUGUAACUGGAUAUAUAUUUUUCUGCUGCAUUUUAAGCCUUUGAUAUUGAGUCUGUAUUCCAGUCACAUCUUUUUGUUGUUGAAGCAUCUGAAAUGAAAAGCACUCGACCAUUUUGGGGCAUGAGUUAACUUUGAAAUCAAUAGUUCUUGAGGUAAAAUAAAUUUGGAAUGCAAAGUCAAAUUAGUUUCUGGUGUGUUUUUUUUUAAUCUUCACAGCUAUUGCUGCCAUAGUU